UUCCUGUUGCUAUUGUAUUACACUUCCAUAUUUUUCACCUCAAAGAGCGUCUGUGAUGUAAACUACCGCGGCGAGUUCGCUCCUUCUGUGUGAUCUGUCCCCACGCACCGAGUCCGUUUAACAUCCUGCCUCGUCCUCACAGUCAAGGAGAACUGCUGAUCGCGGGGAAAAUGGCCAACAGUGUAGCUUUCCAGAGCAAGUUAACCUCGAUCAUGGAGAUGCUAACUAAAGCAGCCGUGGUGGAAAUUAGCAAACUGUGGGAGGACGGCUUCGCAUUGGUCCAGGUCGAGCUUCGGAGGAGAGAGAUUGAAAUCGAGGCUCUGAACAGAAAGUUGUUGUUGAUGGAAAAGGAGCGGUUAGAGGCUCGGGCUCAGUCUGCAAAUAACUCCUCAUCAUCUUUUUCCAAGAGAGAGCAGCAGAAUAAGCUGCUGCCGCCCGCCGGUGAUGGGCCUACGAUAGAGUCGGUCCAGACUUUGUCUUCGGAUCAGAGCGUGAGAGAUAAGGUGGAUAUUUCACCAAAUCAGGGAACGUCAUCACCUCCUCAAACAGAAGAGAAACGCAGUGAGCAGCGCAAAUCUGACAGUGAGGGCAAAGAUGACGAAGACUUAGUAGUCAAACUAGAAGACGAGGAUGACGUCCAGAUCGUGGAGCAGGUCGUGGACUCUGAUCACAGCGUUAACAGUGGAGCAGGUCCCCACGAGAUGAAUUUGAACCACCAGCCUGCUGAGGUUGUGGAAGAGCAAGAGUCACAGCAGUGGCUGACUGUUUCGGUGGGAGACAGCGACACUGCGGAUGACUCGGAGUGCUUUUUCGAAACAAAGCAGUUGUCUCAAAAUCUGGACUCCGAAAUCUUGCUCAUUCAAAAUGCCUUGGACAUUUUCGAUAAUUCAGCAGAGGGAGCAUACUCGGACAGGUUUAUGAGGGACAAUGAAACGGUUCAAGGUGCAUCAAGUAAAUCAAGGGCACCUGUGACUUUCAGCCAGUCUCAGCCAAGUCAACCUAUAGAAGCAAUAAAUCACUCAGAGAGAGGAAUGUCCAUUAGAUUCCUCUCAGAAAAACAGCAACCACAGACUAAAAACAUGUCAACCUUUAACACAGACAACAGACUCUUUCAUUUAAACGACCCAGAGUUGCACAAAACUAUAGCGGGGCGCCGCAUUAGGGAGAAGUGGUACAUCUGCCCGUUCUGUGGGAAGAGCUUUGAUCGCAUCAGCCACCUCGAGAUACACCAGCGAAUUCACACAGGAGAGAAACCGUACACAUGCGACACGUGUGGCAAGUGCUUUUCUCAGAGGAGUAACCUUCGCACUCAUCAAAGGACUCACAAAGAGGCUCUCGCACAGAACGCAGUUUAAUUCAGUAGAUUUUGAAGAAAAGCUAGAAAUAUCUAAGUGGUUUUUAGAUCUAGAUUUAUUAACAAAUUCUGUUUGUUUUUUGAUAUUUCUGGAAAAAUAAUGUAGCAGACUGAUUUAACUGUGCCCUCUUUUUGUGAAAUAAACAAAAAUUUUGACACAG